UCGACAUAGUUGAGAGAAAGUGUCUGCAAAGUCUGAUAGACCAAGCAGAGAUUAACAUAUUCUUCUAAAAGAAGCUUGCACCAUCGGAUUUCAGGACGUGUUUUAUUUAUUUUCUCUCUGUUCCAACGUGUGCGCGUAACGCAGGAGAGCGAGCGCGCGGAGGUUGUGUGUGGGCUGUCAUGUGUUGACGGCGUUCCUCGGUGAGCGUGUAGGUGAGAGAGAAUGAAAUGUACAUUGCGGAUGGAGGGAGUGAUGCAGCCACAGCACCGGGGACUAGUAAAAAUCCUCAGGGUUCUUUUGAUUUGUCUCAUCGUCCUCGCUCUGACUUCAGAAGUUAACGCAGGUGGUAAGAAGCAUGGUGAGAUAUGCGGGGGCAGAGACUGCAGUGGCGGUUGUAAGUGCUAUCCUGAGAAAGGUGGAAGGGGCAAGCCAGGCCUCCUUGGACCUCAGGGCCCCACAGGGCCUCCAGGACGAGUAGGUGACCCUGGCCUGCAAGGUCUGAAGGGAGAGAAGGGUAACUCGGGUGAGAGAGGCAUCACAGGACUGAAAGGGGCUCAGGGAUUGAUAGGAAGUCCAGGGUUUCCAGGAGGAGAUGGUAUACCAGGUCACCCAGGCCAACAAGGCCCUCGAGGAAAACCUGGUGCUGAUGGCUGCAAUGGUACCCGGGGAGAUCCUGGAAUACCUGGUCGAGGAGGAAACACUGGUGUUCCUGGAAUAAAAGGUCAGCCAGGCUUAAAGGGUGAAAAGGGGGACCCCCUGGAGAUCAGCGUUUACAUGGAGAGAUUUCGGGGUGAACCAGGACUUCCAGGAUAUCAAGGAGACCCUGGCCUUCCAGGUAACAAAGGGGAUCAAGGACGACCAGGAUUCCCAGGUGUUCAGGGUGAAAAGGGUUAUAGAGGACUUCCAGGACCAAAGGGCAGUCCAACUGUAGUCUAUCCUGGAGAAAAAGGAGAACAGGGGGAUGUUGGAGCGCCAGGGCCACAAGGGACUGAUGAGUUAUCCAGUCCAUUUCCGGGCCCCAAUGGCGAGAAAGGUAUUAAAGGUGAACCAGGAGAUUUGGGGGCUCAUAUCAAAGGAGAGACAGGAGUUAAAGGAUUUCCUGGAGCCCGGGGCAAUCCAGGAAAUGCUGGCCAGCCAGGAAGAAAGGGUGAAGCUGGGGAUCCAGGUGUUCAUGGGCAGCCAGGAAGCAAGGGGGAGCCAGGAGAGGCAGGAGAGGUGAUCUAUACAGGUGGAUACCUUGGAGACGGCCCACCAGGUCCCCCGGGAGAACGUGGGCCACCAGGGUCUGAUGGUCUCAGAGGAAAUAAAGGAUUAAUGGGUUUGCCUGGGUCAGAUGCUCAGGAACCGCUAAUAGAGUUAAUUGGCCCUUUUGGACCAAAAGGAGAAAAGGGGAGGAAAGGUGAUGUUGGGGAAAAUGGUGUCCCAGCCACAGAACCUGGGCCACCGGGAUUUGAAGGCCUACUAGGACCUCCUGGACCACCUGGACCACAACAAUCAUGGGGUGUUGUUUUAAGAGGGCCUGAAGGGCUAAAUGGACGUCCAGGAAAUGCUGGAGUGAAAGGACAAAAAGGUGACCACGGUCAUUGUGAGUGCACUUUGCAAAUAUCCCCUCCUGGACCCCGUGGCCCAGCUGGUGAUCAGGGUGACCGUGGAGUAGUAGGCGAGCAGGGUCAACAGGGUGAUCAGGGAGACCAGGGAAUCAGAGGCUUAAUUGGUUUGGAUGGCUUUCCUGGGACAGAUGGACUGCCUGGACCUAAAGGCUUGAAGGGAGACAGAGUAGAGGUUACAGAGAAAGGAUCACCUGGAGAACCAGGAGACCCAGGUAGACCAGGUGAACGAGGAACUCAGGGCAGACCUGGAACUAGAGGAAUAGAUGGUCCUCCUGGACUUCAGGGUCUUCCUGGAGAAGGGCCAGUUGGUGAGCAUGGAGAGAAAGGCUACCCAGGAAGGCCUGGUCCACCGGGGUUCCCAGGCCCAGCAGGUGAACCUGGUCAAGUAAACGGAGCACCUAAGGGUGCUAAGGGCAUCACUGGUGAUGCAGGAACAGAUGGUUAUGAUGGACACCCAGGCUUACGUGGUACUUCAGGAGACUGUAGUCUACAAGGAGAAGGAGGCGAGUGGAUUACAGCAGGAGAUUGCACAGCAAUAGCUGGACCCCCAGGGGAGAUGGGUCCCAAAGGACAACCUGGAUUGGAAGGAAUGCCAGGACCUCCUGGCCUAAAAGGAUUUCCAGGAGAUAAAGGCAUUAUAGGAACUAAAGGAGUUCAAGGAGACCAGGGCACUGGAGGCCCACCUGGUCUAAUGGGCUUUAUUGGACCUCGUGGAGACUUAGGCACUCCUGGACCAAAAGGUCUCAAAGGUUAUUCUGGUAUCCCGGGGAGGCCAGGACUUGAUGGUGAUUUUGGAGAAAAGGGUCCUAAUGGUGAGGCUCUAGGAGCAUCUCCUGGGCCCUCAGGUGAACCAGGGCCACCAGGACAUCAGGGGAUAAAAGGUUCUCUUGGAAAUCCUGGCACAAGUGGAUACCCAGGCAUGGAGGGAAUGCCUGGAAUGAUUGGAUUCAAAGGUGAAUCAGGUCCCCCAGGAUUAGAAGGAGAAACAGGAAGGCCUGGACCAGCAGGACUAUUUGGUUUCCCUGGGAAGACUGGUUACUCAGGACCCCCUGGACCUGCAGGCCGCACUGGGCUACCAGGAUCUAGGGGGGGAACAGGCAAUCGAGGAGAUGGUGGUCCUCCAGGGCCAUUUGGAGUAAAGGGUGUUAAAGGUGAACCAGGAAGUGAUUCUGGGCAAGGAGAUUACGGACCACGGGGGGAUACAGGAGACCCCGGACAUGUUGGGCGGGUUGGUGUUCCUGGACUUAAAGGUAUAAAAGGCCCUCCGGGCAUGGCAGGUUUCCCAGGUAGUUUAGGAAGGCCUGGUCCAAAGGGCCUUCAAGGACCGAAAGGGCCAGAAGGAAUGCCAGGCCUACAAGGAGAUAAAGGAGGCAUGGGCCAAUAUGGGCAAAAAGGUGAAAGAGGAGUUAUGGGCCCUGCAGGUAAAAUGUCUGUCGUAGAAAUGGCACAUAUGAAAGAGGUUAUGAAAGGUGAAAAAGGAGACACUGGACGUGCAGGAAAUCCAGGUUUCACUGGGCCCCGAGGCACCAAAGGAUUACCAGGGAUUCCAGGAGAAGAGGGGCAUCAUGGAUUACCUGGGGAUCCCAGCAAUAUAAAAGGCCAACGAGGACUGCCUGGAGCUCAGGGACUUCCUGGGCAGAAGGGAAUGCCAGGCCUCAGUGGAUCCCCAGGAAUUCCAGGUUUUUUUGGACCAGGUGGCAAUAGGGGAGAGAAAGGACAACCUGGUGCUUAUGGAGCAAAAGGAGAGCUUGGAAUCAAGGGCUUAAAAGGUAACCAGGGUGACGUUAUCGAUCUCCCAGGACCCACAGGCCCCAGAGGGGAAACUGGGCUGCCUGGACUAUUAGGUCACAAGGGUUUCCUAGGUGAGACUGGAGUAAGAGGAAGUCCUGGUUUUGAUGGUAUUAAUGGAACCAAAGGGACUCAAGGUGAACCUGGAGAAGAAGGGCCACCAGGUGCUGAUGGCCAAAAAGGCUUUCAAGGAAUCCAGGGCUCUAAGGGCUGGCCAGGAGUGCCAGGAGAGGCAGGGACCUCUGGUAAACUAGGACAUCCCGGACAAAUAGGUUUUCCUGGCUUUGUUGGGAUUCCAGGAUUGCAUGGCCUUAAAGGUCAAAAAGGCCUUCCAGGUGUUGCAGGUCUUGACAAUUGGGGGAUACCAGGUGAGGAUGGAGAAAAAGGUGAAAUAGGAGAUCCAGGUAUUCCUAACACAGAGGCUGGGGUCCCUGGAGCUUAUGGCCUUAAAGGUUUAACAGGAGAUCCAGGUGAUCAGGGUGAACCAGGCCCUCCAGGAUAUCAAGGGCCCCCAGGAGCACAAGGAAUUCCUGGCAGAAAAGGUGGAUCAGGAGACAAAGGGCUUCCUGGUCAGAAAGGCUUUCCAGGUUUUCCCGGAGCCACAGGUUUUCCAGGUUUUCCAUCUCCAUCUGGGAUUAAAGGAGUUCGCGGUACUGAAGGGGAGGUCGGAACCUCAGGACCAAGAGGUCCACAAGGGGACAUAGGAGACAAAGGAUUUCCUGGACAGCUUGGUGUGUCAGGAGAAAAAGGAAUAAAGGGUGCCAUGGGAAGGAUGGGUGUCCCAGGAUCACGUGGUGUACAAGGUGAUAGAGGACUUACUGGAUCUAAAGGGGAUACCGGGCUACCAGGCCCACCUGGCACCCCUGGUGCCAGAGGACUCCCUCCAGUUCCUGUGAAGAUACAAGGGGAGAGAGGACCCCCUGGUCCUCAUGGUCCACAGGGACCACAGGGACCGAGAGGAAAUGUUGGCACUCAAGGACCCCCUGGGGAUCCAGGUCCUGUGGGACCACAGGGGCAAAAGGGAAUGCCAGGGCUGCCUGGAACACCAGGAAUUCCAGGUGUUCGUGGGGAUAUCGGGCCAAUGGGACACCGGGGACUUCUGGGCCUAGAAGGAAACCGAGGCCGUCCUGGUACUACUGGUCCCACCGGUAUGCCUGGACGCAGUGUCAGUGUUGGCUACCUGCUAGUAAAGCACAGUCAGUCUGAUCAUUCUCCAAUGUGCCCUGUGGGAAUGUCCAAGCUGUGGGAUGGCUACAGCUUGCUUUAUUUUGAAGGGCAGGAGAAAGCUCAUAAUCAGGACCUUGGUCUGGCAGGCUCUUGUCUCCCUCGUUUCAACACCAUGCCAUUCCUCUAUUGCAACCCUGGUGACAUAUGCUACUAUGCUAGUCGUAAUGACAAGUCCUAUUGGCUUUCUACAACUGCUCCCAUUCCCAUGAUGCCUGUGGAAGAGUCAGAUAUAAAGCCUUAUAUCAGCCGAUGUUCAGUAUGUGAGGCUCCAUCUGUGGCUAUAGCUGUGCACAGUCAGGAUAUAACUAUCCCACAAUGCCCUGCAGGCUGGAGAAGUUUAUGGAUUGGCUAUUCUUUCCUCAUGCAUACGGCAGCUGGAGAUGAAGGAGGUGGUCAAUCCCUGGUGUCUCCAGGCUCGUGUCUUGAGGAUUUCCGCACCACUCCUUUCAUUGAGUGUAAUGGAGCUAAGGGUACAUGUCACUACUUCUCUAACAAGCAUAGUUUCUGGCUGACGUCCAUUGACCAGAGCUUCCACAGUUACCCUGAGUCAGAGACUCUGAAGGCUGGACAGCUACUCUCACGUAUCAGUCGAUGCCAAGUCUGCAUGAAGAACCUGUGACUUGUGUAAACUUUAACUUGGGGGUUUGGCCAUUUUCACAUUUUUAUGUGCAGUCCAUUACAGAAUGCUAAGGUAAGCUGUAAAGGUCACUUAGAUAUCAUAGUAACCUUUAAGUCCAUAAACCAAACAGGACUGCUGAAAUAAAGCUUGUUAACAGCUCCUAAUCACAUACAUUAUAUACUGCAUACUUUUACAACAUCGUGGAUGAUGCUCAGAUUUUAUUACUAUGUACCCCUCCUUGUGUGCCUAAUGACUGAAGAGAUGUAAAUGUGUCGAGGAGAGAGGUCAAACAAGCAUCAAAACAAUUUUUUAUCUUUACUCAUGUUACAUUUGAAAUGGUGCUUUUCCUAACUUAUUACCUCACUCAUCAGCGUGAUUUGUAUAACUGAUAUUACCAAGAACAUCAUACAGCAGAACCAAAGACACCCAUAUUAAUGCACUGCUUCCCUUGUAUUCCUUUAUGUAUGACACUUCCUGUAGCUAUUAGAAUGUCUCAGUGUGACUUACACAAUAGCAAAAUGCAUUACACUAUCAACUAUAUGUCUUGUGUUGGAACGGUCUGAGUAACACCUCAAAUAAAGUGUUGCUUGACGUAUGUUUUUUUCAUCAGGUAAUGAACUUUGUUUUACUAACACUGUUCUGCAAUUUUUCUUUUUGUUUUGUGGGGAAAUAUUUGCACUUAAAAUACAGUAUGUCGUCAUUGUCAUUAUACUAAGCUUUCUCAACAGCUGAGUAUAAGCAUGUCGCUUAUUACAGUAGUACAAGCACAGAGAGCUGUCUUUGCUGACCACAAGCUACAGUUUUGCAUAGUGGAGUUCAGAACAUCAUGUCUUGCUGAAUGAGGAUUAUAAUUCAUUUGUUUUCUAUUCUGUUACAUAGACUGCACUGAUUUACAUAAUGAUAAUUGUCCAAAUAUUUAAUUCUAUUUCUUGCACAACAAAGACAUAAAUAAACAGUAUGUUUCCCAUAAGAAUUCCUUCUUAAAAUCUGACAUUUAAUGAUUAAUAGACCGGAUUCAUCAGGUGAAUGACCACAUUUGUACUUUGCUCAGCCAUGCAUACUAUGUGCCUUCUCGGAUUUAUAUGUCUAGAUUAUAGCCUUACCUGACAGCUAAAAGAAAUUAAACAUUAGGUUGUUGAAUUGAACAUUUACAAGUUAACAGUGUUGUGUGGAAUAUGUUUCUGGACCAUGCUCUGAUUGAUUGUGACUGUUAGCAUUACUGAACAAGAGCAAAUUAAAUUCUUCUGUUACAUGUU